GCAUCGUCCUGGUACAUUCAGCACUCCACCGGAGAGACGGCUGCUAGAGACAUACGGGCGGGUGACGUGGACCAUAACCGCUUGGAAAGUACUUUACUGACUGGUUCAGAAUCAACAUUUCCAUUCAAGCUGCUCGAUCAGCAGGGCUCCAAGAGAAACACCAAAUCUAACCUUUCCCAGAGCCCGAACAAUUUAUGAUGAUGUGGACGACCCUAUUGCUGUGCCUGGGGGCCCUCCUCUCCCUCUCUUAUGCUCAGUUGUCGGAGACAGAGGGGGCGGGAGGGGAAGAGGAAGCUGUGGAGCUCUUUACCACGCCCAGAGCCAAGAUGGCUGCCGCCACAUCUGACUUCGGCUACAACCUUUUCCGGGCCCUGGCGGGUCGCGACCCCAAGACCAACGUGUUCCUGGCUCCCAUCAGCAUCUCUGCAGUGCUCACUCAGCUCUCCAUGGGAGCAUCUCCGGAUCGUUCAGAGAGGUGGUUGUACAGAGCUCUAAGGUAUCACACCCUGCAGGACCCUCAGCUCCACGACACUCUCAGAGACCUACUGGCCUCACUCAGAGCACCUGGCAAAGGCAUCAGCAUCGCUGCACGCGUCUACCUGGCCCGCAGACUGCGUCUGAAGCCGGAAUAUUUUGGCGUGGUGGAAAAGCAGUAUGGGGUGCGGCCCAAGGCUCUGAUGGGUGGGGCUAAAGAUGUUAAUGAGAUCAAUGAUUGGGUCAAACAGCAGACGGGCGGCAAGGUCGACCGCUUCAUGUCCAAGCCCCUGGGACGGAACUCUGGUGUGGUCCCUCUCGGCGCCGCCUACUUCAAAGGGAAGUGGAUAACUCGGUUCAGUCAGAGUGGAGCGAUGGAGGACUUCCAGCUUGAUGGAGAGGUGUCCGCCCGCAUUCCCAUGAUGCAACAGGACAAUUACCCAGUGAAGAUGGGAGUCGACCCAGACCUUGGCUGCACAAUUGCUCAGAUCCAGAUGCAGGAUGACGUCAGCAUGUUUGUGUUCCUUCCUGAUGAUGUCACUCAGAACAUGACCCUGGUGGAGGAGAGCCUGACGGCUGAGUUUGUUCAGGACCUCUCCAUGACUCUUCAUCCCGUGCAGGCGGCCCUUACACUACCUGUCCUAAAAUUCAGCUACUCCACUGACCUCUUGCCACUGCUCACUGACCUGGGUCUCGACGAAUUUCUGGCAGACACGGACCUGACUAGGAUCACGUCUCAGACGGCGAAGCUUGGCAGCCUCAAUCAUAAGGUUGUCAUGGAGAUGGCCCCAGAGGGCACCCAGUAUGCCAGCUCCAGCCACGUCCACACGCCCCUGUCGUACCGCGUGGACCGCCCCUUCCUGUUCCUGGUGAGGGAUGAGGCCUCAGGGGCGCUGCUCUUCAUUGGCAGGGUGGUGAACCCACGCAAACUGAGGAUAUAAGCGCGCACACACAAACACUUGCUUUACUAUCAUUGUGGGGACCAAAAAAUAUAAUCCUCUUUUCCCUAACACCUAACUCUAACCUUAAACCUAACUUUAACCCCUAACCCUAAUUCUAACCCUAAUUGUAACCCUAAGCCUAAAAUAGCCUUUUUUCUCGUGGGGACCUUUUUCCUUGUUUUACUAUCCUUCUGAGGACUUAUUGUCCCCACUAGGAUAGUAAAACACACACACGUUUGUUUUACUAUCCUUGUGGGGACCAAACAAUUAAUUCUCAUUCAAAAUCCUUUUUUCCCUAACCCCUUACCCUAAGCCUAACCCCUAACCCUAAUUGUAACCUUAACCCUAAAAGGCCUAAAAUAGCCUUUUUCCUUGUGAGAAUUUUCCUUGCUUUACUAUCCUUGCGAGGACUUCUGGUCCCCACAAGGAUAGUUAAAACACACACACACACACACAUACACACAGGAGGUCCUAGGAGAGGAUCAGCUUUCGUUAAGCUAAAGCUUCUUUGUCUCAUAAAUGCACAGUAUGAGACAAGCGGCUAGAUUCAGCUGUGGAUCAGAUAAUACAGUUUGUUAAUCAUGUAUGAAUACCAUGUAUACCAGUCAGGCCAAUAGUCUAAACACUCACUGAUAUUCCUUGAAGUCUCAAGUUGUUUUCAGGAAAAGGAAUUUGCAAAAGUACAGCUCUCAUGAUGUUGAAACCAAUAGCCAUAUCAUGUUUAUCUGACUGACAUGCUUCUAAGAGGCACAGACAAUACUUUAUGCUUUAACCAAAGAAACUACUCUUCACAUUAUUGUGUAUUGAGAUGCAAGAAAUAAACAUUUAAGUUUUAA